CUUCCUCUCUUUUCUUCUCUCUUCCUCAUUUGCUUCCGUGCCAUGAUAUCAGUCCCCGAACUUGAUCAAGGAUCCGAAUUCACCCAUUCUCAUUUUCGCCGAACGAGUGGGUUUCAUCCGGUUUUUCUUGAUGGAUGGAUGGCGAGUAAGUUUGAAUCACCCAUUCCAAGCCCCCCUCCCAUUUUUAUUUUUUUUUAUUUCUUAUUUCCUUUUGCACGGUACCUCCCGGGCGUGUCUUUUGACUACCGGUGCCGGGUUGGCGCCUUGACCGUUCCGCGGAGCGAAUCACAAUACGCACCACUACUAGACACUAUGAUCAAAUAGGAACAAUUCAACUAUGUUGUAACUUUGGGUGCAAGUGGGGUUCGAACAACCAGAAACUGCUACCGUUACUGAGAACAAAACUU